AUGUCCAAAGGAUAUCAGACUAUUUAAUGAAAAUUAAGUUAUUCAGAAUAAUUGUAUAAUUUACUCUUGAUAAAUCAGAACUCUUUUGUUUCGUGGAGCCAAAAACGUUUUAGCUCAAUUUUUGAUCUUCUAUAAGGAAUCCUAGUUCUUUAGGUGUACCACAGAAGGACCUUUUUAAGGAGUGGAACUGCAUUGAGUUGCGAAAUAUAUAUUCUAAGAUAUCGGCUGGUUUUUAGUAAGACAUUGAAGAGUGUGUUACUUAGGAAUUAUUUAACGAUGAGAAUUAUUAUUAAUACUAUUUGUUUUGUUCUUUUUGUCUCUGUAACUUCGGCUAAAAUUGCUAACAAUGGGGCAAAUGAAGUAUUAAUUAGAACAGUGAGAUUCAUUCCACCAAUUAAAACUGUAACUGGGAUUGAAGGAAACAAGACUGUUGUGAAAGUGGAAGAGACUUCCGUUCCACGUUUUGGUCGUUCACUGAGGAAUUGGAAGGUUCUAUCCCACGAGCCACUACGACUCAAGAGAAGUCAAGAGAGAGAACAGAAGAAUUGUCGAUAUCCGAAAUUGACGGAUGAUUCAGAUAUAUUCUGUAAAAUCUACCCAUCUCAAAUAAUAUGUAACCAGACUUGCAUGUUCGGCUACACUCUUCCAAAAGGCCCUACACGGAUUUUGAAAUGUUCUUUCGAGGAUGAUCGAUGGAAGCCGGUGAGGAAAUUUGAAAGUUGCAAACCAUUUGUAGAUUGUACAGUUUCCUUGGGACCAGGAGGUAAAAUGCUUUGCCGAUCUCAUUAUAUGGAUCACGGUCCAAUCUGUGAGAUAUCGUGCAAGCACUAUGAAGAUAAACCUGCUAUUGCCGCCAAAGAGUAUCGAUGUGACAUAGAUGGGAAGUGGCAUCCUAAGUUACCUUUCUGUGCAUCUCCUGGAACAGAUCUCAACCUGGUGCCCCGUCCUGAAGAUUAAAAUUUUAUACACAAGUUUGAAUAUAUGCUAAGAGGCGCCAAAGCCAAUUUUUUUGUGAAACGUAGAAUUAGUUAAAUAAAAAUAUUUC